AUGCCUUCUCCGCCAUUCACUGUCGAGGUUCUCAAAGGACCGGAUAGUGAGCGUGAGACCAAAGACCUCGAAGCAGCAUUCGCACGGCGAUCAAUGAUGCUGAUCAGACGCCUGUUAGGCGAGGACCGUCUGAUCGAGCUCCUUCGCGACGAAACUGCGGCCAGCAGUGAAUGGUGGCAAACGGUCGCUACCGACUCGAACGGGGAAUGGAGGCCAGCGCGCAUCGUCUUGUCUGCACGCGGGCUCAUUUCGAAGGAAUUCAUCACCUGGUUUAUUCCGGCACAAGGAGGCAUGCUUCCCGAGCCGGAAAAGCUUGCUGCCCACCCCGAGCACUGGGUUGUUCGCCCUUCAGACGGGCCAAAGGCAAUGACCGUGCUGGAAACUUUAGGCGAGAGGCCAACUCUAUUCACGCUUGCAUUUGAUGUGCAGGCUCCCGCUUUUGUUCAAGACGACCCGCAGCCGGAGAGGACGUUGUGGAGUGCCACCGCCAGCAUUUACUUGUCGAGUUUAGCAACUGGUCUAAGCAAGCAUAUGAAGCUUCAAAAUUGA